AUGGUCGCCCUUUCCGAGCAUGACAUCUUAGACGUCAACACGAUCUCUCGCUUCCUUGCGUGCUCGCAAAUACCGUCGCUCUGGACGUGUGAUUCUGCUGAUGUUCUAGUCUUCUGCGGCAAUGCCAUUCUCCCCAUUGCGGAACACGUAUUCUCAGCACUGGAGGCACGACCUGAACUGACGAGAACGCUAGUCAUCUGCGGCGGCCUAGGACAUUCCACCCAGUUCCUGUACGAUGCCGUGCGAAACAGCGAGAAAUACCGUAAUCUUGCCGACCAGCCUCAUGGUCUGCCCGAGGCUACUGUAUACGAGCUAAUGCUCAAACGAUACUACCCCAAGCUCGCAGAACGCAUCGAAGGUGGCGAGACGGAGCUCAUUAUCGAGGACAAGUCUACAAACUGCGGAGCCAACGCCAUCUGUACGCGCCAGGUCCUCGAGCUUCACGGCAUCACGAAGAUGAAGACCUGUAUCAUCGUGCAGGAUCCCACCAUGUCACUGCGUACUCUGGCGGCAUUCCAGCACACUUACCAGGACGUCGCGCCCUCAACCCGCUUCCUCGCCUGUCCAACCUUUGUACCGAGGGUGUAUCUUGACCGCGUCGGAUCAGGCGACACACACGUUGUGGCUGACUCAAAUGAGUCAGUGAACAACAUAAAAUCUGCAACGCUUUGGGAGCCCCGACGCUUCUUCGACCUGCUGAUGGGCGAAAUACCUCGGCUAAGAGAUGACGAGAACGGCUAUGGUCCCCGCGGAAAAGAUUUCAUCGUCCACGUCGACAUUCCGGAGGAGGUCGAAACAGCCUGGGCACGACUCAAGAAAAUUUUGAACUUCAAGCGGUAA